CAGAAAACAAAGCAUCUUCUACUAUCAAUGGAACAAAAAACAAUACACUGUUACUAUUCAAAACGUAUGACAAGUGUGGAGCUGAUUUUAGUGAACAAGAAUACCAGAGUUCAGAAGUUGUUAACAAGAUUGAUCGAAGAACAAUUGAUAUUCUGUGCAUAAUCUAUGUUUGCAUAGGUAUUUGUUCAAUACUUACUUUGAUUAUUUUGCUCGAUCAACGACGUAUAACAUCUCGUGAUGAAAUUUCAGUUAUGCUUCGUAACUCGGUGAAAUUACUCAUCUCAACUAUCAAACAUAUGCGUCAUAUCAAUCAACUUCUUCUCAUUCCAAUGACUAUAUGGGCAGGUCUUGAGCUAACAUUUCUUUUUGCACAAUUUACCCAAGCUUUUGUUUCGUGUGCGAUCAAUCCUAAAUAUGUCGGUCUUAUCAUGAUUGCCUUUGGAGUAUGUGAUUCUAUUGGUAGUUUCGUUUUUGGUCAACUUGUUAAACUAGUUGGACGUUGGCCAUGCUUUGCGAUUGCUACAUUGAUCAGUUAUGCAAUGAUAAUAACCAUGCUCAUUUGGCACCCGUUGGCUGAUCAAAUAGUUGUUCUUUUUAUCAUAGCUGGUCUUUGGGGAGUGGCCGAUGCCGUUUGGCAAUCCCAGACUAGUGCUUUGUAUGGCGUCUUAUUUACUGACAAUAACGAAGCAGCAUUUUCAAAUUAUCGCCUCUGGGAGUCGGUUGGUUUUGCUCUCUUCUAUAUUCUCAUUCCUCGUAUACGUACUCGAAUCACUCUUAUUAUUCUCCUCGUGUUUCUUUCAGUAGGCAUCAGUGGUUAUGCAUUGGCCGAGUAUCUAUGGCGAACAAGUGAAGAAAAGAAAAAGAAUACUAAGAACAAUCAAAUAUCACCAUCGUGA